AUGACAUACUUCGUAACUCCCAGUGUUAUGGGUAGUAUUUUCUCAUUGGGUAAAGUGCUCAAUUUCUUCCCUGUGGGUGGUGAGAAGGAAUGCCAGCCCUCUGGUUUUACUAUCGCGAGAGCAGGGAUCUGUCUCAACCCGUACGACUGUCGCCAGAGGGAUGGAAAAGCUUCUGGUGACUGCGCACAUGGGUUCGGCGUGUGCUGUGUUUUCGAGGUGACUUGCGGGGCAGUGGUACAGAACAAUUUGACGUAUUUCAUGUCACCUGGCUUCCCUGAACUCUGGACUGGGGAGAAGGAGUGUGCCAUCAACAUCGAAAAAACUCAUGGGGGUAUCAUGCAGUUGAGGAUAGAUUUCGUACAUUUCACUAUUGGACAGCCCAAUAGGAAAACUGGGGAGUGUGACGAAGAUGCAAUGAUACUCGGGGAAGGCGCCGCAAACUUCACUUUAUGCGGGCAAAAUCACGCACAACAUAUAUACUACACUCUAUCGAGCACCAGUGAGACACGUGAAGCGGGGGAACUGCCAAGCGCAAAGUCGACACCAUUGGUGAUACGCAUGCGCGGUAGUGAUAUGCCACGUCUCUGGCUGUUACGUCUGGCACAGAUGCCGCUUGCGCAGUCAUCGCCUCAUAAUUGUCUUCAAUACUAUGUUAAUGAUAACGGUACUUUAAAAACGUUUAACUAUGCGUCAAAUGGGCGUCACCUCGCUAGUCAAGAAUAUAGAGCAUGCGUCCGAAGAAAUGUUGGAUUUUGUUCGAUCAGAUACACGCCAUGCGACAGUCGCUCUUUUAGGAUAGGACCUAGAGGCGAUACUCCAGUGGAAACUGCCACAGAACAGAUGGACCAAAUGAUGCCAAUCAACGAACAACCGAGUCAGGAUGAGGAAGAGGAAGGCUCCGGAUCUGAUCCGCAGAUUGUUGAAACUUCAACUCCUCGACCAGGGAUCUUGACUAGGAUCUGGAGUUAUAUCUGGCCGUCUUGGGGGCAGAGAUCGUUAUGGGGCUGGUCUCCGUACCUCCAACACUACAGCGAAGAGAAGCUGAAGUACUACGGCUACGGGAAUUACAUGAGCGAUGGCUUCGGGAGAUUGAAAUGCACGGACAGGGUGACGAUACCGUGUGAAAAUGAAUAUUUUGUUUCGUCGCAGCGUUGGGGCGCGGGCGUGUGCGACCCGCACCACUGCGGCGCCUCGCUGUGCGCGCGCGCAGACGCGCGGGAGUGCCGCGUCGACACGUCCAUCACGCCCUACGCCGUCUCCGUGCACUUCGGCCCGCCCACCAUCAAGCCGAAUCCCGAGGACAAUAUCGGCAUGUGCUUGCGCUAUACGCAGAUACCUUGCGACUCGUGAUACCGUACACACGCAACUUAGCUUGAAUCGAUUACUUUUUUUUCCAACUAUACUUUAAUAAUAAUAUGAUCAGUUGCCUUUUAGAAAAAUAAAAAAAUCUCUUGUAUAUAUUUAGAUGAGCGACAAAAUUAUGUAACUAUUAUAUUUCCAAUAGUAGGGUUUAUUCAA